GUGGUAGUGGAUUACUCAAGCUUACCAGUAUGGCUCUGACUAUUGUGUGGCUGAACAGUGCUUCCUUACGUGGCAGAUGCUGCAGGCACAACUUUUUGCACCCUUUAAUUGGACCUCUCCUCAGUGAUUCCAUGUCAAAACUGUACAGCAGCUACAGGAGGCCAGGGUCACAGCCUGAGAAAAAAACAUUCUGGAAAAGUGUGGAUUUGAGUUUUAAGAAGAGCUUUGAUGUCUUAAAGACUCAGCUGAACUUUCUGAAGGAGGAGUCCAAAGAACACUUAAUAGGACCUGGAGGCCAGCCAUGGAGCAAGUAUCUGUUGGAACAGACAAAGGUGGUGUGGGAAUUUCGGAGCCAAGAAGAUUUAAAUAAAUGGGUCGUUUCCUCUGAUGUAGAGAUUGGAGGAAAAAGUGAAGUUUACCUCAAAUUGGGUAGGAAUAACCAGGGUGCUCUGCUGUAUGGAACCCUCAAUCCAGAAGUGCCUCGUGAUGGGGAGACAAAAUACAGUGGAUACUGUAGUAUGAGAGCUAAACCCCUGGUGGGAUCUUUUGCAAGGAGGAAGUAUUACGACUGGUCAAACUUCAACAGUUUAUAUUUACGUGUCCGUGGCGAUGGCAGAGCUUGGAUGGUAAACAUUUAUACAGACCCUUACUUCUCUCAUCAAAAGGAUGACCUCUACAACUACUUCAUGUUCACCCGAGGAGGUCCAUACUGGGAGGAAAUAAAGAUUCCAUUCUCCAAAUUCUUUCUGUCCAGUCGAGGAAGAGUCCAGGAUAACCAGCAUCCUAUCUGGUUAGACAAGGUUUGUACCCUUGGAUUCACCAUCGGAGACAAAGUAGAUGGUCCGUUCCAGCUUGAGAUAGAUUUUAUUGGCCUGCUGAAAGAUAGAGCUCAUACAGAAGAAUUUGCUUAUGAACUGUAUGAAAUGAACCCUAAAGUCUAAGCUGAGCUGGUGUCCUUUGGGAUGUUCUUCAGAGGAUCAUUAUAACAAAACACUUCUUAAUUUAGAACACUUUGACGAUUCUAUGUAAACAUUAAAAAAGACAUGAGUAUGAAGUGCUGGUUGUAGUAACCUAAGAGUGACACUGUUGGCAUCUUUGAGCUGCUGGAUAAAUAAUCUUGGAGUUUGUACAUAGAUGAACUGGAACAGAGCCUGGGGAGGAUUGUGAGGCAUUCUUAAAAAGCACUGCUGACUGGGUAAGUCUUAGCCUCUGUUCUGACCUUUACAGAAAUAAA